CUAUGAUCGCUUGUAAUAAAAGUCAACAUAAUUAUCUUCACCUGAUCAUUAAUUUCUGUGCAGAAAUGUCGCCGCAGAUGCAGAGGUCACCUGAACCAGAUCGGAAAGCAGAUGGACACGUGACCGAGACUGGCAGUCCAAUGGGAGGUGGAGUUGGCGGGGCCGUAGGAGGGGCUUAUAGCAUGUAUAGUGGCGCCAAAGGUGAACCUGCAUGCGGGGAGGGGACUCCUAUGCCGGGACCGCCUCACGGACAACCCGGUCCCAUUAACGUUUCGAAACCCAAGCAAAUAUACCCAAUACCAGAACCUAUCGCAGAGAUAUCUUCCAUUUAUGACACCUCGAGUGACGGCGAUGUCCUUCGCAAUCCGGAACCUCGUCGAAUAUCCGAUCCGACCACUCCCAUGGAAUUUUUUUCAUUGCCAUCUGAGUCUCUUGCAACAAUGAUGUCUUCUGUCAAGCAAAAUACAGAUAAGUUUGACAAAUUGAAAAGGGGCUACCACAGUCAAUGUGUUAGGAGCAAGCUGCAGCACUCAAAGUCCGUCGAGAAUAUAAGAUCUUUAACCAAUUCUGUGAGCUCCCAGCAAGGAGACAUAAAUUUCCUACUCACGAUGAUAGGAUUUAUCUCGGGAGAUAUGGCAGAUUUAAAGUCAAGACUUGGUGCUAUUGAAAAGAGACCGGAAGUUGCCAUGCGCUGUAACCGAAACACAUUUGCUUCGAGUUCAACCCACUCUAUACCUUAUGACUCAGAGAGGCAGCAGGGGCACCAAUCUUUCAUCCUACCAUCCACGGACCUGAACAUCCGAGCAGAACUCUUCCUCGUCGGAUAUGGCACUGGACAAGGCACACAUCUCUCCCUGCGGAUCGAAGCAAAGUCCGGCAACGCGAAAGAGACCGGUCAACUGCCCUCCCAAUGCCGAUUCGAGAUCCGUAUUCUCAACUUCGACGAUGAAGACGAAACCCGAAAGAAAUCCAAGGACUCGAAGGAAAAUGACGGCGGCAUGCACGUCGUUGAGUUUCCAAAGGUGAUUGAGAAAGAUGUUGUCGAGAACGAAGCCCUUGGAUUCAAGACGAAUGGCAUGCUAAGAGUUACGCUCAUUGUUUCUUGGGAGGAGAAUUAAUGGCGAAUAAAAUCGGGACCAUUCAAGGAAAAGGACGACUUGUUGCCACCACGCCCCCAAUACUCAUAUGAAUACAUAAUAUGUAUAUAUAUAU